CAUAAUCUUUUCCAGAAGGUUCCUGGGUCGUCGUCGUCGGAGCCGGCCGGCCGUUCAUCAUCUCAACUUUUCACCAAGUCUUCGCUUCAGACUUCGGAGCUCAAGCUGCCGUCUCCCAUUCCAUUCAGUUCCCCGCGCACAACUGCACAAGUCUUCUCCACCGUCUUCUUCCACCUCCCCGCUCUCGACGACUCCCAGCGCCGCGGCAGCUAGCCCCGAGGCAAGCUCCAAGGCUGCGAUGGGUUGGGCGGCACGGUUCCUGACGGUGGUGUCGUUCCUGGCCGCUGGGGUCCUCUUCGCGCCCGACGCGCUGCGCCUCAGUGGCUCCAGCGACGGCGGAGGAACCGCUGCGGCAGCGAGGCUGGUCCACCUCCUCGCCUUUGCCACCGCGUGGGGCGCCGGGCUCUGGGUCACCUUCAUCGGCGGCAUCGUCAUGUUCAAGUACUUGCCGAGGCACCAAUUUGGGAGUCUUCAGGGGAAAAUGUUCCCUGCGUACUUCAUGUUAAUAUCAGCAUGUUCAGUGAUAUCUGUUGCAGCAUUUGCAUACCUGCAUCCCUGGAAGACAGCGUCAACCAUUGAGCGCUACCAGCUUGGAUUCCUUCUUUCAGCCCUUGGCUGUAACCUGUCAAACCUUCUGGUCUUCAUGCCUAUGACUGUUGAGAUGAUGAUGAAGAGGCACAAGAUGGAGAAGGACCUCGGCAUUGGCUCCGAGGUUGGAUACUCCAAGAACGCGGAGACGGCGAAGAGGAGCCCAGCCCUAGUGGCGAUGAACCGCAAGUUCGGGAUGAUCCACGGCCUAUCGUCGCUGGCCAAUAUCUUGUCCUUCGGCAGCCUGGCCAUGCAUUCUUGGUACCUCUCCAGCAAGCUCGACUUGUGACUCUCUGACUGAGCCACUGAGGGCUUUCACAUGCUCUGAAUCUGCUGCUGCUAGAUGGUGAACUCUGAGCUUAGGUUUCUGUGGAGAAGAAAAGUUCUGUAUGUAAGAACCUUGGUCCUUGAGAUGAUAUGAUGAAUUUCAAUAAUGUACAGAAUGAAGGCAGUUCGUUUCA